UCCCCUGACAUCACAUCCCUCUGUAUCUCCACCCCCAGCCCAGCUUUCUCCUCCAUUAACUCAUUGCGUCUCACCCAAUCACAGCUACAGCUCAUUCUGCCAACCUCUGAACAUAAACCAGUGUAAUGUGGCCGCUGGUCAUACGGGUCCCUUGUCGUGGAGUCCCUGCGCUUUGGGGCUUCCUCACAACCCUCCAGGGCUUUCCUAUGGAUUCAGCAGGGCGUCUGUCAGGUGGAAGGAGCUGUCAGAGAGGGCUGGUCCCUGUCAGUCGAGCUGUGAGGGCUUCUCCGUUCCCUCCCCCUACCCCAGCUGCAGCCGCCGCCCCCUCCUCUGCUCUCAGCUGCAGCCUCCUCCUCUGUUCCCUACGCUUUCUGUUGCUGCCUCCUCCCUCCCCUCCCUCCUCCAGCACCGGCUGCCGUCCUCCCUCUCUCCCUUCAUCCCUAGCCCGGCUCUCACCCGCAGCCCUAGUGGGACCUUUAUGAACACACCAUGAUGACAGGCAUCGCCGCUGCUUCCUUCUUCUCCAAUGCCUGCCGCUUCGGGGGCUGCGGGCUCCACUUCACCAGCCUGGCCGAGCUGAUAGAGCACAUCGAGGAUAACCACAUCGAUACUGAUCCACGUGUCUUGGAGAAGCAGGAACUUCAGCAACCUACAUAUGUGGCUUUGAGUUACAUCAAUAGAUUCAUGACUGAUGCAGCCCGACGUGAACAAGAAACACUAAAGAAAAAAAUCCAGCCUAAGCUCUCAUUGACAUUAUCAAGUUCCGUAUCCCGCGGAAAUGUGUCUACCCCUCCACGCCAUGGCAGCGGCAGCCUCACGCCUCCAGUCACUCCACCAAUCACACCAUCCUCCUCCUUUCGCAGUAGCACUCCUACAGGAAGUGAGUACGACGAGGAGGAGGUGGACUAUGAAGAGUCGGACAGCGAUGAGUCCUGGACCACAGAGAGUGCCAUUAGCUCUGAAGCUAUCCUCAGUUCCAUGUGCAUGAAUGGGGGAGAUGAGAAGCCAUUCGCCUGCCCUGUUCCAGGCUGUAAAAAGAGAUAUAAGAAUGUCAAUGGCAUUAAGUACCAUGCCAAGAACGGCCACAGAACACAAAUCCGAGUGCGUAAACCUUUCAAGUGUCGCUGUGGGAAGAGUUACAAGACAGCUCAGGGUCUCCGUCACCAUACAAUCAAUUUCCACCCACCCGUCUCUGCCGAGAUUAUCAGGAAGAUGCAGCAAUAAAAGCUGAACCCCCCCCCUCCCUGUGCCAAGAAGCCCUCACCAGCAGACGCUGAAUCGGAAACAGCCGCCGUUCCUUUCUUAUUUCCUUGGUUUUAUUGGCCAUUGUAUUUCAGGGGAAGCACUCACUCACUACUAGGGAUUCCAGUGCAUGCUAUAACCCAGCAAGCCCACCUGUUUGGAAUGGUGUAAGUCUAUAGGGGAAUCGCUUUUGUACUUUUGCACAGGUUAUGCCCCAGGCCCAUUAGCAUUACUUUGACAAAGGUGCUAAAAUAAUGAGACAAAACAAUUAAAUACAUCAAUGUCAUUGUGCGAUAUCGGUUCAAACGAGAAUUUUGUAGAGCAGGCACUCGAAUAAAAUUAUUUAUGUCACAUGUUCAGCCUUACGCGUUUUGUGUUACAAACAUGAGUGUUUGUAACAUGAAACGCGUAAGGCUAUACAUGUGACAUAAUUUUACCUAUAUCUACUGCCUGGUGGAAGAUUGCCUUUAUUCAAGUGCCUGCUCUACAAAAUUCUCGUUUGAACCACUCCCUUUGCUCAAGGCUCAGGGCAGCGCACCAUGUGAUACAGGACUAACUUUAUAUGUAUAAUCAUUGGGCGAUAGCCCCUACUUUCUCCCCUCCCCCAUGCUCCAAAACAUUUAUGGGGAACUGCCAUAUUGUAAAGAUAAAUAUCCUCUUAGAUCAGCAUUAUUAUUGUGUAUGGUUCGAGAACAGAGGAUUUUCCAAAGUGGUGCUAAAGGUAUAAACAGCAAGAAAUCAUUGUGCCUGUUCUAAGGCAAUUAUUUGCAUUUAACAUACACACAGAUUAGUGCAGAUAGGAGCUUUAAAUCCAUGUAAAUGCUAUUAGACAUAUGAGUUCCAUUAACAUACCCCUCUCUCUGCAUUGUGCUGCUUUGGCCUUGAUUGAUUGCUGCCUGUUCAUUCAGAUGGAUGGAAGUCGAGCUGCUUUUCAAUGGCUUUCUCAUGCAGGAAGGGACAGGCAGCAUGAGCCAUUUGGUUGCACCAGUGAUAAACGCAAAUAGAAAUCAGAAAUAAAAUGAUAGGGGAACUAAACCCAACCAUGAAGCUGUACCAUGGCGCUCGCUAGUUCCCUAUAGAAGUUGAUGAAAACUUCACCAAUGAGAAUGCUGAUUACCAACACUAGACCAGUCAUCUUGCUGUUAUCUUACAUACAGAUUAUGGCACUUUGGCUUCAUUUCACGACAUGUCCUUUAUCCCAAUGAUUCCAGUGUAAUAUAAUGACCCCAAAAUGGUAUAAUAAUCUCUGUAUGUAAGAUAACCACAAGAUGCCUGACAUAGUGCUGGGAAUCAUAUGUUUAUGGUCAGUAGAAUUCUUAUUGGUGAACUGUUUUCCAAUGUGUUUUGUGAAAUAAUACAGAGAUCUAGGGGGCGCUGUGGGACAGUUCUACAGUUGGGCUUAGUGUCUCUUUAAAUACUGCCAAAAAACUGUAAUUAACUAAUAUUUAUUAGUGAUGGGCGAAUAAAUUCAUCAGGUGUGAAUUUGCGGCAAAGUUCCGCAUUUCGCGGCCGGCGCAUAUAUUCACAAAACUGCGACGAAAAUUUGCUGGCGUCAAAACAAUUUGUACGUGCGUCAGAAUAGUCGCUUCUGUCAAAACUGUCGCGCGUCAACAUUAUCCGGACACCCAUUGACUUUAAUGCAUGCAUCAGAAUUGAGGCGGGUGUCAAAAUUGACGUGGGCAUCAAAAUUCGUGCUUCGUGGAUUUUUUACCGUUUUGCGACUUUCGCAGGGAAUUUUUCUGCAUAGAGAAACGGGACAAAUUCGCUGAUCACUGAUAUUCAUGAGAAGGGGGGGUAUUAAACAUCCACUGCAACGUAGUAGGUCCCUACCUGUAUAUUUUAUGUAUGACAAUAUCAGUGUUAAAGGAGCUGUUCACCUUAAAAAGAACAUUUAGUGUGACACAGAUAUUAAUAUAAAAAAUAUUUGCAACUGGUCUUUUUUAUAUAUACUUUUUUGUAGUAUUUGCCUUUCUUUUCAGACCUUAAAACAUAAAAUAUAUUCUGGCUGUCAGAUUUAGGGACACCCAGCAACCAAAAAGGCUAGAUUUGUUUUGUUACAUUAUUUUACAUUACUUAUCCUUCUGUCCAGUUUUCCCAUUCAAACCAAUGCCUGGUUGCUUGGGUAAAUGGAACCAUAACAACUGGAUAAUAGUUUAUUUCAAAACAGCACAAAGAAAUGACCAACUUUAGAAUAUCACUGUCUGCAACAAACUAAAGUUCAUUUGAAGGUGAACUGCCCCUUUAAAGGUUCAUUUGUAACACUAAGAUCAUGCAUUAGAAGGUCAUUGUGUGUAUGGGGGGUCCCUACCCUUAUUUACACCAUGCCUGCCUAUAAGUCACCCAAAAAUGAGGUUCCCCCAACCGUCUACCAUGCUAACCUACAGCUUACAGACUAUUAUACGCUCACUAAUCUAUCGGCAAAUACCCAUUACAGUGGUGCCCCGGGAUCUAGUCAGGUGAUACUCAUUCCUGCAAGUACUGCUAUAACAGUAAUAGGGUUAUUUGUGCAAAACCCCUUGGGAACUGGCAUGUUUGAUUUCCCCCCGUGAUGAUCAUUUGUGAAUGGGAAGGGUUUUUUUUU